GAGAUGUAGCAAAAGAUCACAAGAGAAAGAAUUAAGGCGACCUGAGAACACAAAUAGACAGACAAAAAUGGGUAAAAAGGAGAUAGGCUUCAUCUUAGGAUUCUUAUUUCUAGAUGGGCUGCUUCUCUGCAUAGCAACCGAAGUCCAUUACUAUGAUUUUGUUCUAAAAGAAGCGAAUUUUACAAAGAUGUGUAGCACAAAAAGCAUGCUGACUGUAAAUGGAAGCUUUCCAGGGCCAACGAUUCAGGCUCGUAAAGGGGAUACUAUCUUCGUUAAUGUCAUCAAUCAAGGAACAUAUGGUGUCACCAUUCACUGGCAUGGAGUGAAGCAGCCAAGGAAUCCAUGGUCAGAUGGACCUGAGAACAUAACACAAUGCCCAAUUGCUUCAGGAACCAACUUCACCUAUGAGGUGAUAUUGUCUAACGAAGAAGGAACUCUUUGGUGGCAUGCUCAUAGUGACUGGACUCGUGCCACCGUCCAUGGUGCCAUUGUUAUUUUACCAGCUGCUGGAACUACUUAUCCAUUUCCUACGCCUUAUAAAGAACAGACAAUCAUACUUGCAUCCUGGUUCAAGGGAGACGUGAUGGCGAUUAUAUCUAAUUCAAUCGCAACUGGAGCCAAUCCAAGUAUCGAAGAUGGAUUCACCAUCAAUGGCGAGCCGGGAGACUUAUAUGAUUGCUCCAACGAGACAACCUAUCGCCUCUCAGUUGAAUACAAUGAAACUUAUCUUCUUCGUAUUGUGAACGCUGUGAUGAAUGAGGAACAAUUUUUCGGAAUCGCCAACCACAGCCUCACAGUUGUUGCGCAAGAUGCAGCAUACAUAAAACCAAUAAACACCACUUAUAUAAUGAUCACUCCUGGACAAACAAUGGAUAUUUUGUUCACAGCAAACCAAAAUCUCAGCCACUACUACAUGGCUUCUUCUCCUUACCAUGAUAGUGUUGUCACAUUUCCCAACUCCACCGCCACCGCAAUUGUUCAAUAUGAAGGCAAUUAUUCCGCCCCUUCAUCCCCUUUCUUCCCAACUCUUCCUGCUUACAAUGACGUAGAUGCUGCACAAAACUUCACUGGAAGCAUAAAAAGCCUAGCAAAUAAUGAAUAUCCCAUCGAUGUUCCAAAAAAUAUCACCACACAAAUCUUUAUAACGGUUUCUUUAAACCGAUUAUUAUGUCCCAACAGCUCGUGUGAUACCGAUUCCGGUGAUAGGACAGCUGCCAGCUUAAAUAAUGUUAGUUUCGAUACUCCUCAAAUUGAUAUACUGCAAGCAUACUACGGGAGUUUGAAUGGUGUUUUCGACAGAGAUUUCCCAAGUGUGCCACCCUUUUUUUUCAACUUCACAGGAGAUGUGUCGAACGUAUCAGCUUACACAGCCCAAGGGACAAAGGCUAGGAUGAUUGAUUAUGGUGAAGCUGUUGAAAUUGUGUACCAAGGGACUAAUCUCGGCUCUGCUUCAAGUCAUCCAUUGCAUUUACAUGGUUUCAGCUUCUAUCUCGUCGGCACAGGCUCAGGGAAUUUCGACAAUGUGACUCAUCCACUCACUUAUAAUUUGGUUGAUCCACCCGAAGUUAACACCAUUAAUGUUCCUAAGAAUGGAUGGGCUACAAUUCGAUUUCUUGCUAAUAAUCCUGGAGUCUGGUUUAUGCAUUGUCAUUUGGAAAGGCAUGCAACCUGGGGAAUGGAUACAGUUCUUAUUGUAAGGAACGGCUCUACUACAGAAAUGUCGAUGCUACCACCUCCUACUUACAUGCCGCCUUCCAAUGUUGGGGUUUUAAUUAUUAAUGAAGUCAGCAACCACCUGACAAUGGGUACAAAAAAUGUGGGUUUCAUUUUAGGGCUCAUUGGGCUCUUGUUUCUCGAUGGACUUCUCCUUUGCAUGGCUCUUCAAGUCCAUCAUUACGAUUUUGUUCUUCAAGAAGCAAAUUUUACAAGGCUAUGCAGCACAAAGAGCAUGUUGACUGUGAACGGCAGUUUCCCAGGUCCAACAAUUCAGGCUCGUAGAGGAGACACUAUGUAUGUUAAUGUCAUCAAUCAGGGAAGAUAUGGGGUCACCAUUCACUGGCAUGGAGUGAAGCAGCCAAGGAAUCCAUGGUCGGAUGGUCCUGAGAACAUAACACAAUGUCCAAUUGCAGCAGGAACCAACUUCACCUAUGAGGUUAUAUUGUCCGAUGAGGAAGGAACUCUUUGGUGGCAUGCCCAUAGUGACUGGACUCGAGCCACGGUCCAUGGUGCCAUUAUCAUUUUACCAGCUGCCGGAACUACUUAUCCAUUUUCUACUCCUUACAAGGAACAGACAAUCAUACUCGGUUCCUGGUUCAAGGCAGACGUAAUGGCUAUGAUUCAAAAUGCCAUCGCAACAGGCUCCACCCCGAGUAAUUCAGACGCUUUCACAAUCAAUGGUCAACCAGGGGACUUAUAUGAGUGCUCUAAUGACACAACAUAUCGCUUACCGGUUGAAUCUGGCAAAACUUAUCUUCUUCGCAUUGUGAAUGCUGUGAUGAACGAAGAACAAUUCUUCGGAAUUGCUAACCACAACCUCACAGUUGUCGCGCAAGAUGCUGCAUACAUAAAACCAAUAAAUACAAGUUACAUAAUGAUAACUCCUGGACAAACCAUGGAUGUUUUGUUCACAGCAAACCAAAAUCUCAGCCACUAUUACAUGGCGUCGACGCCUUACGUCGAUAGUGGUAUUCUAUUUCCCAACACCACCACCACAGCAAUUGUUGAAUAUGAAGGCAACUAUUCUGCCCCUUCAUCUCCUUUCUUCCCACCCCUUCCAAGUAACACUGACAUAACUUCUGCAUUAAACUUUACUAAUCAAAUAAAGAGCUUAGCCAGUAACGAGCAUCCCAUCAAUGUUCCCAAAAAUAUCAGCACGCGAAUCUAUAUAACCGUUUCUUUGAAUCUAUUGUUGUGUGCCAACGGCUCGUGUGAUUCCGGCACUGGUGAUAGACAAGCCGCCAGCUUAAAUAAUAUUAGUUUCGCCACUCCUCAAAUCGAUAUACUACAAGCAUACUACAGGAAUUUGACAAACGGAACUUUCGACCGCGAUUUCCCAAGCGAGCCACCAUUUUUUUUCAACUUUACAGGAGAUGUGUCAAAUGUAGGAGCGUUCACAGCGCAAGGGACAAAGGCAAGGAUGAUAAAUUAUGGUGAAGUGGUGGAAAUUGUCCUCCAAGGGACAAAUAUUGGAAAUGCACCGUCAAGUCAUCCAAUGCAUUUACACGGUUUCAGCUUCUAUCUGGUUGGAACGGGUUCAGGAAAUUUCAACAAUGUCACUGAUCCACUCUCUUAUAAUUUGGUUGACCCACCUGUAGUUAACACCAUUAACCUCCCAAGAAGUGGAUGGGCUGCAAUUCGGUUUUCAGCUGACAACCCCGGUGUGUGGUUUAUGCAUUGCCAUUUAGAGAGGCAUUCAACAUGGGGCAUGGACACAGUUCUCAUUGUACAGAACGGGCGUUACCAGAACCAGAGCAUGCUGCCACCACCAGCUUACAUGCCUCCUUGUUAUUAAUUUGUCUUGUGCUUAAUUAAUUAAGUUGUCGUAGCUCCUGUUUAAUUGAUUACAAUUUUAGUAAUAUGGAAUGUACUUCAAUAAAAACAUUAAAAAUGUUAUCUGAUAAUUAAUUUGCAUUUGUAUUGAUGGAA